CCCCGGCUUCCCUCAACUCCGCCUCCCGGGCCUCGCCCCGCCCAAGCCGCGCUCCGCUACGGGCUGCGUCCUCCACCCGGGCCGGGUCCUCGCGGCGCCCCGCCCUCCCUAAGCCAUGCCUCGGGGGUGGCCCUCGCCCGCCCCGCCCCGUCCUCAGGCUCGCGGAGCUCUCCGUCCGCCGGGCGAAGUCUGUGUGAGUCACUCGCCGGGGCCGCAGAAACCUCAGACUGGCUCGACCGCUGGAUUCAGCCAGGUUCCGGUCAUAAGAAAGCGGCGUUUAUCGGCGGGCUAGUGGAAGUCGCGGCCACCGGCUGCCCGCCCCCGGGGGCUUGUCCGUCUCUCCCCCAUCUAAGCACUCCCGGAGGGGAGUUUCCGGUGGCCGCGGCCGGAAGCGGGUGGACGCGGCGGGGCGAUCAUGGCGACCAUGGCGGACAUGCCGGACUCGGUCCUCCUGGAGAUCUUCGCCUACCUCCCGGUCCGGGACCGGAUCCGCAUCUCCAGGGUCUGUCACCACUGGAAGCGCCUGGUGGACGACCGAUGGCUGUGGCGACACGUGGACCUGACGCUCUACACGAUGCGGCCCAAAGUCAUGUGGCACCUGCUGCGCCGCUACAUGGCCUCCCGGCUCCACUCCCUGCGGAUGGGUGGCUACCUCUUCUCGGGCUCCCAGGCGCCCCAGCUGUCGCCGGCCCUGCUGCGGGCCCUGGGCGACAAGUGCCCCAACCUGAAGCGCCUGUGCCUGCACGUGGCGGACCUGAGCGCGGUGCCCAUCACCAGCCUGCCGCACACGCUGCAGACGCUGGAGCUGCACAGCUGCGAGAUCUCCAUGGCCUGGCUGCUGCGCGAGCAGGACCCGCGCGUGCUGCCGCAGCUCGAGUGCCUCGUGCUGGACCGCGUGCCUGCCUUCCGCGACGAGCACCUGCAGGGGCUGCCGCGCUUCCGCGCCCUGCGCUCGCUCGUGCUGGGUGGCACCUACCGCGUCACCGAGACGGGCCUGGACGCCAGUCUGCAGGAGCUCACCUACCUGCAGAGGCUGGAGGUGCUGGGCUGCACCCUGCCGGCCGAUGGCACCCUGCGGGCCAUCAGCCGCCACCUCCGCGGUGUGCGCAAGCUCCGUCUCACGGUGGGCGGCCUCUCUCCAGCAGGGCUGGCCCACCUGGAGGGGAUGCCCGCGCUAGAGAGUCUGUGCCUGCAGGGGCCCCUCAUCACCCCCGACAUGCCCACCCCGGCCCAGAUCAUCUCCUCCUGCCUGACCAUGCCCAAGCUGCGGGCGCUUGAGCUGCAAGGGCUGGGCUGGGAGGGCCAGGAGGCGGAGCGGGUCCUGUGCCAGGGGCUGCCACACUGCGUGGUCAUCGUCAGGCCCUGCCCCAAAGAAUCCAUGGAUUGGUGGAUGUGACCCGUGCUGGGACCCAUCCUGGUGUCCACCGUGGAGCCCCUGGCCCUCGGAGCAGCACAGUGAAGAGGGAAGCUACUCAGGCUCCAGGGGGCUUGGUAGCGAAAGCCAGGGCCUCGGGACCUCAGACCAUGCCAGCUGUUGCUGGCCAGCUGUGUGGCCUUCGGCCUGGCCAAGCUCUGGAUGUGCAGGUCCAUCCAGAAAUGGCUAAGGCCAGACCCCCUCCUCAGGGGACUGCAGUGCCUUACACUACAGCAGGGGCCCAGCGCGGUGCCCUUGGGGCCACAGGGAUGUGUGUGGGUGGUGGGCGUGGGUACACGGGGUACCACCCUGUAUUCAGUACCCAAGCACGCUGUAGGCAAAUCAAGGGCAAGUUGACUUUAGUAGUUAAAAUGUUCCUAAAGGUGCUCAUGUAUUUUCUGAAUUUUGUAUUCUUACCUUUUCACAGUAUAUAUUAUUUUGCUAUUAAAACACGAUCAU